UAAACGAAAUUGUGAAGAGAGAGUUAAAGAAAGAAAGAUGAUAGGAUAGAAAAAGCAGCUACGUUGUUCAGCAAUGGCCGUGGCAUCAUUAUCACAACCGUUGCCAUUAACACUUCCUUCAAUUUCAUCUUCACAAUCACAUUCUCUUCCUUCAACCUUUCGCUAUUCUCACUCUCUCUUUACCAACGGAACAUCAUUCACAAAGCUCAGCACCACUCAUCGCCGAAUUCUUUCCUUCGUUCCUUCUGCUGGAAAUGAAGAUGCUGACUUGAGUGUUUCCUCCACACAGCAACUUGAUGAUGAUGAUGUUGUUGAUGAUGAUGAAGAAGAAGAAGAACCAACCCCUCAGGACCUUGAAAAUGUUGCUGAAAUCAAAAGGGUUUUGGAGCUUCUUAAGAGAAACAGAGACAUGCUCUUUGGGGAGGUCAAACUAACCAUAAUGAUUGAGGAUCCCAGAGAUGUUGAGAGAAAAAGAUUACUUGGUAUUGAAGAUCUUGAUGCCCCAACAAGAGAGGACCUAGUUGCUGCUUUGGAAGAAGUGAAUGAGGGGAAAAUUCCAAAGGAUAAAGCUGUUCUCCAAAUGCUUGCUGAGGAAAUGACUGCAUGGCCUAAUUUAGAGGCUGAAUUAUCACCAAAGAAAAAGCCCAAAAAAUCUCUAUACGCAAAAACCACUGACACUGGAAUCGAUCCUCAAGUGGCUGCAAAGAGACUAAACAUUGACUGGGAUUCUGCUGCUGAAAUCGAAGAAGCGAAAACUGACGAUGAAACAGAAGUGCCUUCAGUGUUGGGCUAUGGAGCACUAUACUUGGUUUCAGCUUUCCCUGUUAUUAUAGGUAUUUCAGUAGUUUUGAUUUUGUUUUACAACUCCCUCCAGUAGGAACUGGUAUGGCACUCAAAUUCAGUGUAUAAAUAAUAUUACUAUAUUGAAAUGAGUUAGUAUAUCAUAAUGUUCAACUAACAUCA